UCAUUGCUUAUUCACACAAUGGAAAAUGUUGUUCGGUCUUUCUCAGUCCCGUUCUUUGUUUAACGGCGAUCUAUUAACGCCGUCGAGAAACUUUGCCGGAGCUCCGGCUAACUUCUCCACUCUCCCGCUCUCAAGCAAAAGGAAGUCAUAUUCUCCUAGAACAAGAAGGUUUCAAGAACUUCAAAGCACAUUAGAAGUAAGAAGAAAUCCACCUCUAGUAUGUGGAAGAGUAUCGCCUUGUCUUACUGUUCCUGAUCACAUACAAAAGCCUCCUUAUCUCGAGUGUAACGAGUUACCAAAGAUAUCAAGUGAAUAUCAGAUUCAUGACUCCAAAGGUAUUGUGAAAAUGAAGGCAGCGUGCGAGCUUGCUGCUCGUGUGUUAGACUAUGCAGGAACUUUGGUUAGAGCUUUUGUAACCACAGAUGAAAUCGACAAGGCAGUGCACAAGAUGAUCAUUGAGUCUGGUGCUUAUCCUUCACCUCUCGGAUAUGGAGGAUUCCCUAAAAGCGUUUGUACAUCGGUUAAUGAAUGCAUGUUUCACGGGAUUCCAGACUCACGGCAGCUACAGAACGGAGAUGUGAUAAAUAUCGAUGUGGCAGUUUACUUGGAUGGAUAUCAUGGAGAUACGUCAAAGACUUUCCUCUGUGGAGAUGUCAAUAAAAGUCUUAUACAACUUGUGAAGGUUACAGAAGAAUGCUUGGAGAAAGGUAUAUCGAUUUGUAAAGAUGGAGCAAGCUUCAACGAAAUUGGGAAGAUCAUCAGUGAGCAUGUUGAGAAGUAUGGAUACAAUGUGGAGAGCUUUAUUGGGCAUGGUGUUGGAACGGUACUACAUUCAGAGCCUCUAAUAUAUCUUCAUCAAAACUAUGAUCACGAACUUGAGCAUAUGAAUAUGAUUGAGGGUCAAACUUUUACUCUGGAACCUAUCCUUACCAUUGGAACUACUGAGUUUGUAACGUGGCCAGACAAAUGGACUAUUCUGACAGCAGAUGGUGGUCCGGCCGUACAGUUCGAGCAUACAGUUCUUAUUACAAAAACUGGUGCAGAGAUUCUCACCACAUCUAUGGAAUAUAGAGUGAAAACUUGAGUUUUACGAAACAAAGGAUCUACAAACUGGAGGGUAAAGGAUUUAAGAUUCGAGGAAGAGGAACACAGUUAAGGGGAUGAGCCAUGGCCAAGAAAGGUCUUCCAGAAGCUUCUUCCAUGUUGACAUAAUCUCCUUCGAUUUCCCAGUCAAAACACUGCACCAUCACUCCAAUCGCAGUUCCUAUUAAGAUAUAACCUAGAUUUGAUCCAGGACACCCUCUCCUUCCAGCACCAAAAGGAAGGAAGUUGAGUACUUUCUCUCUUCUCUCCUCUUCUUGCAUUAGAAACCUCUCCGGCUUAAACUCGUCAGGGUCUGUCCAAGAAUCAGCAUCUCUCAUCACAGCGUAAGCAUUGAUAACAAGUGAUGUCCCCUUUGGUAUGUAGAACCCUCCGAUCUUACACCCUUGGUCAAACUCCCUCGGCAAAAGAGCUCCUGGUGGGUGCAACCUUAGAGAUUCCUUGAUGACCGCUUGCAAGUAAGGAAGCUUUGGUAGAUCUGUUUCUUGGACCAACCUUGUUCUCCCUACAACUGAAUCUAUUUCUUCCCUCAGUCUCUCAAGGAUCUUAGGGUUGUUGAUGAUUUCAGCCAUUGCCCAUUGUGUUGACUUUGAAGAAGUGUCACCGGCUCCAAAGAGAAGCUCCUACAGUUUGCAAAAUGAUUAUUAAGAGAGUUGUGUACGUUUUGAUUUAAGGGUGUGCUACACCAAUUAAUCUCACAAAAAAAGCCAAGCCAAAAAAAAAAUGGAAUGCCUUCUUGACCUAGUUUAGAUUAUUUUACCGCUAUUAUCGCCUUGAUAUGUUUCCUAGUGAUCUUGCACUCUGCAUUUUGGUCUCGAUAAGCUGCCAACAAUGUGUCCAUAAUUUCACUACGGUGAUGCUCGUUCACUUUCUCUUCGUAUUUCACAAUAAUCCUUUCAAGCAUCUCCUCAAAUUCGUAUGAAACAUCCAUUACCUCCUUCUUGAAUGGUGAGAUACCAAACUUCUCAAGCGGCUUACGCAGUAUUUGUGCCAAAAAAAUCUUUUGUGUCAAGGCAGCGAACUUGACACUAAACUCCGAGACUUUCUCCUCGUUGUUGUCCUCUGAAAAACUACUUCCCAUGCUCAUCUUUCCGAAAAUACUGUUAACGAGUCUCAUCGCUUCCUCGCCGAUCUCAACGCUCUGUUUCUUCAUCGCCUUAUCAAGAAGAUCUCUGUAGAACCGCUCCAUCUCAGCUGCACGAACGCCUCGUGACCGCUCGAGCGCCUGGGGUCCGAGCAUGUUAGUUAGUGAUGAGCUUCUUCAUGAACUUCCAGUAAUCUCCAUAGGGAGCAUUGGUGAAGCCAAAAGAUCCAAACACGAGGCACUCCUCCAUCCCAAUAGCGUCGUGAGAGGAGACGCUCAUGUCGUGGUCCUUGAAGAUCUCGUAGGCCACUGAGGCAGAGGAGACGAGGACGAUGGGGACGUUGAAGAUGCGGAGAUGGAGGAAUGGUCCGUACUUUGAUGAGAUUUUCUGAAAAGACUUGUGGACUGAGCCAGAGAAGAGAUGGUGAACAUGACCGAUGAUCGGAAGAGAAGGAGGGCUUGGAGGUAGGUUAACACCAUUCUUUUUUGGUUUCUUGGAGAAGAAGAGAAACAGGAAUAAGGUUGAUAACAGGCAUAGGAGGGUUGAGAUGAAGAAGUUUCCAAAGUCAACGCUGGCCAUUGCUUCCAUUGUUUCUCAAAAGCGAAGAAGAGGGAGAUGAAAACAGAGGACUUGUUAAAUCCUAAUCCUGGAGAUCUGAAAGUAUAUAAUAAUAGAAUUAUAUAUAUCAGAAGUUGGUUGCAACAAUCGUGAUUAAAUUAAUGAUUCUAUCAAACUUAUAAAACUUAGAAUAUUCAACUUAUAAGAGC